AACUUAUGUCAGACAAGUCGAGACUGUCAGACACACGGCUUCUUUUUAGGUUUCGGGUCAUCAUUACCAUUUUAUUCACCAACUCCAAACUCCACCAACCUCUCCACUCAAUUCACAAAACUCUCUCUACAAAAAAGAGUCAAAAGACAGAUAAUAAAGAAAGAGCUGUGUGUGUGUGUGUGUGUGAGCGAAAUCAAAUGGCGGAAACUUGUGGAGUGAAGAGAAUAAAGCUGGGAAGUCAAGGCCUUGAGGUCUCUGCACAAGGCCUCGGUUGCAUGGGCCUUUCCUCCUUCUACGGUGCUCCCAAGCCCGAAACUGACGCCAUCUCUCUUCUCCACCACGCAAUCCACUCCGGCGUCUCUUUUCUUGACACCUCCGACAUCUACGGUCCUGAGACCAACGAACUACUCCUUGGCAAGGCUCUGAAGAAUGGGUUGAGGGAAAAAAUAGAGCUUGCAACCAAAUUUGGAGUCAGCUAUGCAGAGGGGAAGAGAGAGAUAAAAGGAGAUCCUGCUUAUGUUAGAGCUGCUUGUGAAGCAAGUUUGAAGCGUCUUGAUGUUGAUUGUAUUGAUCUUUAUUAUCAGCAUCGGAUUGAUACUCGUCUCCCUAUCGAAAUCACUAUGGGGGAACUGAAGAAGCUGGUUGAAGAGGGUAAGAUAAAGUACAUUGGUUUGUCUGAAGCAUCUGCCUCAACUAUCAGAAGAGCACAUGCUGUUCACCCUAUUACUGCUGUGCAGUUAGAAUGGUCCUUGUGGUCUAGAGACGUGGAAGAAGAUAUCAUCCCGACAUGCAGGGAGCUUGGGAUUGGAAUUGUUGCUUACAGUCCUCUAGGACGAGGUUUCUUUGCAUCAGGACCAAAGCUUAUUGAGAAGCUGGACAAUGAUGACUUCAGAAAGACUCUACCAAGAUUCCAACAGGAAAACUUAGACCACAACAAGAUCCUCUAUGAGAAAGUUUGUGCAAUGUCUGAGAAGAAAGGGUGCACUCCGGGACAACUAGCCCUCGCAUGGGUUCACCACCAGGGAGAUGAUGUUUGCCCCAUCCCAGGAACCACUAAGAUUGAAAACCUCAAUCAGAACAUUGGAGCUUUAUCAGUGAACCUCACUCCAGAAGAGAUGGUUGAGCUAGAGACCAUUGUCCGACCAGAGUCUGUGAAAGGAGAAAGAUAUGGUAACAUGUUGGCCACUUUCAAAAACUCCGACACUCCUCCAUUGUCUUCUUGGAAAACUGCUUAAAAACGAGCUGGAGUGUGUUUGGUCUCAGUUUGAAUGUAUUGUAAAAUAAAUUGUCAAUAGAGUUCCCCAAGUGAAAACUUCAAUUUAAAUUUACAUACAUUGUAAAUUUACAUAAAUUUGAUC